AUGCUCAAGCAUCUCUGCGCCUUGGGUUUCCUCUACACAUACGUCUGUCUCAUAUCAUGCGAGACCGACUUCCACAUCGCCAACGAAACGCGCCUCCUGCCUCGAAAUGAAGACGACUCGCCAAUCAAAUGGGCAGACUGGAAGGCCUUGGCCAGGGAACUCCUCCAAGUGCACGAACGCGACCCAGAUGUGGUCCACCCACGCUUUCUACGCGCCGAGCUUCGCCUCUCCCGCAUCAACACCAUCCAUCGCUUCACCCGCCUCCCUCCCUUCCACCCCUACGUCCGCGGCUGGCACAACUAUAGCAGCCUCUUUCACGAUAAUCUUGCGUGGAUGGCCACUGCCGCUGUCUUCCUGGCCCCGGUGCUGACCGCGAUACAGGUCGGCCUCGCCACGGAGCGACUCCAACAAGACACCACCUUCCAGCAGGCGUCGUACGGCUUCACCGUAUUCGCUAUUCUAGGGCCUAUAUGCACGUUCGGCCUAGUGGCGCUGGGUACGCUGUUCAACUCGUCAAUGACCUACCGCUGCUCAUCGGAAGACGGCGCAACCGCGCAGUGCAUGAAACCUCGGGUGAAGUUAGUCACGCGGCGCCCUGAUUACCAAAAGUAUUGA